CAUGUUCCCUCACUUUCAAGUCAAUUUCAAGUAAUUCGAUUUCUCAUAGGAACUAUACUUCACAAUCACGACAUAACAAUAUGAAAUCAAUUGACGAGUCUAGUUACCAAUCGAUAUCAUCAGAAACGAUGUAUGAAGAAAUCAUGUUAGCAUCAGAGCAACCAAAGAAGCGUGCGGGGAGAAGAAUAUUCAAGGAGACGAGACAUCCAGUGUACAGAGGAGUAAGAAAGAGGAACAACAACAAGUGGGUUUGCGAGGUUCGUGUUCCGAAAAAUAAGUCCUCGAGGAUCUGGUUGGGAACAUAUCCAACGGCUGAGAUGGCGGCACGUGCACACGACGUUGCCGCGCUGGCACUUCGCGGAAAGUCGGCUUGCCUCAACUUUGCUGACUCGGCUUGGCGGUUGACUUUGCCGGCUUCGACUAAUGCGAAGGAGAUUAAGAAAAUGGCGGAGGAGGCUGCUUUGGCAUUUGCGAGUAAUAAUAAUAGCGUUGGCGUAAUGGAAGAUGAAGAGGAUAAUAAAGGUUUGGUGGGAUUGGGAUUGUGUGUGGAAGUUCCAGGUGAGGAGCAUGAUUGGUUUCGGAUUAUGGCGGAUGAGCCUUUACGAUCUCCAAUUACUCCAUUUAUAAGAUAUGGUAAUAGGGAAUGGAGUAAUAUGGAUGUUGAUGUUGAUGUUGAGGUUUCCUUGUGGAGCUUUACUAUCUAGUUUGCGCAACCAAUUUUCCCUUUAUAGCUACCUACCUACUCUUAUUAGUUACUGUAUCCUCUUUUCUUCACCUUUUUUUUUAUUCAUUAAUUAAUUAAACAUCAAAUUUCCAUACAUAUUAUCUCCAUUUAUGAAAUUUGCCAAUUUAAACCGUCAAA